UUAGGUACGUACGCCAUAAGGUCUCACCGUGCAUCGUCUGUCGAGAAGCGCUGGGAAUGAAAAAACUAUUAAAUAUUAACCUUUUUUAAACUUCUGCGGUUGUUUAUUAAUGCAGCUUGACCACAGUAAUGGAUGUUGAGUCGAAUGUUCGUCAGUUUAAGGAUUUCCUGUAUCUCUACAACAGCAUAUCAGAGAAAUGUUUUAAUCUGUGUGUAACAGCCUUCAACAAGCGUGACCUUGAAUAUGAAGAGGCUAGCUGUGUGGAUCGAUGUGUAGGCAAACAAGUAAGUGUAAACCACAAAGUGAUGUCGGUGUAUGCAGAGCUUCAACCUGUCUACCUCCAGAAACGUCUUGAUGAGAUGAACAAACAAGCUGAAGUGCAGAUGCAGGCUCAGAUUCAACAGGAACAGCAGCAGCAAGUUCAGCAAGAUUCUCAGCAGUAAGAAAGUAAUUGAGAGUUCGGUAUGGCAUUUUUUUCUUGUGCGUUAUCCAGAAGUGUGAGACUGGGUUUCUCUCGUGUCAUUUCUGUUGUGAGAAUCCCGUCCCAGAUACAUGAACUAAGAAGAGUGUAUGUCCUUUGUGCCACAAAGCAUAGUUUUCACAGUAGUGCCCUGAACAGGUUCUGUGCAAAAGACAUUCCGGGACAGUUAGAUGAUAGUAACCAACAGGCUGUAGGGAAGAUUGACCCAAAGUUUCAGUUAGUGUACACAUGCAAGGUGUGUAAUACAAGACAGUCUAAAAUAAUCUCUCAGCUUGCGUAUAAAAAAGGUGUUGUAAUUGUCACAUGUGAAGGCUGUGCCAAACACCAUUUGGUGGCUGAUAAUCUUGGUUGGUUUUCUGAUUUGGAUGGAAAGAAAAACAUUGAAGAUAUAUUGGCAGCAAAAGGGGAAGCAGUGCGCCGUGGCAUGACUGGAUUGGUCUUGGAGCAAAAUGAGCAAGCUAAUCCCAGACAGAGUAACAUUGAAGAAGAAGAAGAAGCGAGAGCACAAGCUGCUUGGGGUUCUGUACAGGAAACUCUAAAGAUGAUGGCUGAAGACGAUGAUAAAAUAUCUUCUACCACUUCUAUUGAAAAUGAUGAGAAAAAGUAAUGGGGUAUGUGGUAGUAAAAGUUGAAAGUAUUAAGUAACAAUGAUAAUGGCGAAAAGGAUAUCACUAGUUGUCUUUUUAGGUCUCCCAGGUGCAGGGAAAUCAACUCUGUGCAAAGAAUUAUUCCAGAGUGUGGAGAAUAAAGCAAAUUCUAAUACCAUUAACUUGAUUCAUGUCUGUUUUGAUGAACUGAUACCUCUAUCUCUCCAAGAGAAAUUUGUCUUAAUGAAGCAAAGUAAGUUAGAGGAUGAGAAUGAGGGGGAAAGUUGGAAGUCAACACGUCAUGAUGUUUACAAUAAAGUAGACAGGCUUGUUGAAUGCUUUAAGAAAUAACACCACUGAUUUGGAUAUCUUAGAACUUUUUGGUAUUGUGGAGAAACAAGAUGCUAAUGUGGAUUAUGUAAUUCUUUUAGAUGAUAAUUUUUAUUAUAGAAGUAUGAGGUAUGAAUAUUUCCAGCUUGCUAGAAAGCACAAUAUAGGGUUUUGCCAGUGUUACUUACAAUGUACAACUGAAAUUGCAAUACAUCAAAAUCUAAGCAGAGAUAUUCAGGUGCCAACUGCUGCAAUUGAAACCAUGGCAAAAAAUCUCCAACCUCCCCAACCUCAAGAGUUAAUGUGGGAGUUUAACACAGUUGUGAUUUCAUCGAAGAGCCCAGACACAACAGAUGCAAUAUGGGAUAUAAUAGAGAAGUCUCUGGAGUUGCCUGUACAACCCCUUGUAAACCGAGACUUGGAAAUAGCCGAAGCGCGUCUCAGGUGCUCGCUCAGUGUAGCUCACCAAGCAGAUUUAAUUUUGCGCAGUCUGGUGGGAACACUAAUCAAAGAAGCAAAAGCAAACAAGGACUUCCCUACCACCAAGUUGCCAGAGUUUUCACGCAAGGUAAAUUCUGGACGACAGAGCAUUAUUGUUGCAAUUAGAGAAGGGUCCCUCGGGUUCCCAUCCCAUUUAGCAGAAGAAGUGUGUGAAGAGAAAAAACAGGAAUUGUGUGAAUUUUUGAGAUCAGAAAUGGAGAAGAAACUGAGAGAUCAGUCACCAAAUUGUUGUGAAUGAGGACUUAAAAGUGCUGUUGUUUAAUAGUGGAAAUUAUGUUUUGAGUGAAUUGUAUAGAAAUGUGCUUUUAAAAUCAUCCCAAAAAGAUGUAUAUUUAUGUCUUUCAGAAGAUGAAGUAAAUGUAAAUAAAGUGUUCCUUGGUAAAA